UGCAGGCAGGACAGAUCCGUGAGUGUAACUUCUUAUUGCUGAGAGACCUCACAAAGAUUCGGGAGACGCAAAAAGAACAUUGGAACAAGAAACUUCAGGGUUCCAGUCCAGAGAAAUAACUGUACCUAAACUCGUUAACUGCUGAAAAUGGCUGUCAUACUGAAGCCCUGGACCGUCAUCGCUACUCUUCUCUUCUGCGUGCUCCUGUGUCUCGGGACGCUUGUGGACGCCUAUCCGCCGAAACCAGAGAAUCCUGGAGACGACGCUGCUCCGGAGGAACUCGCCAAAUAUUACACCGCGCUGAGACACUACAUCAACCUCAUCACGAGACAACGGUAUGGGAAAAGGUCCACUUCGGAAGAUGUGAUGGCAGAGCUGCUGUUCGGGGACGAUACAGAGCACAAACAGAGAUCAAGAUAUGAUGACUCUUAUAUGUGGUGAAGUUCAGUGACCGUGUGUUGACUGUCCUGAGCUAAGCCCACCUGUGCCUCCCACAGAAAACCUCCAGACAAUUAAAUGAGAACAUCAGACAACCUCAUCCAUCUCUUUAUUAUACAUCAUCUCUUUUUUUCUUUGGUGCGCACAGAACAAAUCUCACUAUUAACAACUGUACAUAAUAUAUUAUAAUAGGAACUAUCAAUGGAAGUGUAUGUGUGUAUAUUUCAUUGUGUCAUUCAGAAAUUAUGUUUUUUCGUUUGUACCAUGUAAAUUAUAUGUGAUUAAAAGUUUAUUGGAUGAAUCUG